UAAAAAGAAUCACCAUUUCAAUGGCUUUAUGAUAAGAGGGUCACCAUUAAUUUAAUUUUUUUUUUGAAAAAUAAAUCGAGUGCAAAAAUAGGUUAAGAAAGGGGAUGAAUAUUUGAAUUUGAAGUAUUUUACUAAUCUAUUACACCCAUUAAAGCCAUCAUGAUUAUCAAUUUAUCAUGAAUAUCAUACUGACCUAGUUGAAUACAAAAAAUUGGGCAAAUACCCGCGUUUUUUUGGUUCGAGACGAAGCAAUAAACCAAACAAAUUAAAUUAACAAGUUGGUGGGUGUCUUAUAAUAUUAGAUUCCUUAAUAUAAUUAGACGAUCCCAUGAUUAGAGGAGUAAGACUUUGUUUGGAGAGAGAAAAAGGAGAGAUUUCGAUUCAAUUUUUUUUUGAUAAUGUCUUUUUCCAAAGAUAAUGUAAUUGGGUUUGGAUUAGCUCUUUCAUCCAGUGGUUUCAUUGGAGCUAGUUUCAUCAUCAAAAAGAAAGGAUUAUGGAAAGCUGGAACUUCUGGGGUUCGAGCUGGCCAUGGAGGAUAUACAUAUCUGUUUGAGCCCUUAUGGUGGCUUGGUUUGUUCAUGAUGAUUGUUGGUGAGGUUGCAAAUUUUGUGGCUUAUGCAUUUGCUCCAGCUAUUCUUGUUACCCCACUAGGAGCCUUAAGCAUUAUUGUCAGUGCUGUGCUGGCUCAUUUUAUGUUGAAAGAGAGAUUGAACAAGUUGGGGUUCCUGGGUUGUGUAAUGUGCAUUGUUGGUUCUGUGAUCAUAGUGGUUCAUGCACCCAAAGAACAUUCUGUCACAUCUGUACAAGAAAUUUGGAACAUGGCCACUCAAAUGGCAUUUCUUCUCUAUGUUGGCUCAGUUCUCGUGUUAGUCUCCAUUCUGGUGCUUUACUUUGCACCAUUGUGUGGACAUUCAAACGUGUUGGUUUUCACUGGAAUUUGUUCCUUGAUGGGUUCUCUCUCGGUUAUGAGUGUCAAAGCCCUUGGAAUUUCAUUGAAAUUGACAUUUGAGGGAAAUAACCAGUUACUCUACCCAGAAACAUGGUUCUUCACUGUGGUUCUUCUAACAUGCGUCAUCACUCAAAUGAAUUAUCUGAAUAAGGCUCUGGAUACUUUUAACACUGUGGUUGUGUCCCCAAUAUAUUAUGUUAUGUUCACAACACUUACAAUUCUUGCCAGCGUGAUAAUGUUCAAGGAUUGGGAUGGUCAAGAUGGAGCUGCCAUUAUAUCAGAAAUAUGCGGCUUUAUUGUUGUCGUCUUAGGAACGAUUUUGCUGCAGAUGACCAAAGAGGUUAUGGAGAAACUGCCAUCUUUCAAAGGUAAUUCUUACGCACCCCCUAUGUCCCCCACUCUCACAGCCGGGCUUUGUGCUGGAAAUUCGGAUUUCCUAAAAUGCGAUUGGGAUGAUGUGGAAAAUCCAGAGGAAGUUUUGUUGAGUAGACAAUACUCAUACACCUAAUUUGCAAGCCUUCAAUAUUUCUGACCCAAUGGAGCAACGAUACUUGUGAGCUCUAACAUGCGCAUAUUCAUUAUUCCCAUGAGGUCUUGGUGCUCCCAAUAUUGGUUGAGGAAGUGAGAACAAUUUUUUCACUAAUAGAGGUUUAUUGCCGAAAAUAUUAGAAUGAGUAAGAGAGUUAUUAAAGCAAGAGAACAUGAGACUGAUGCAAGUGCAGUCUGCCGUUUCUAAGAAUGGAAAGUGAUGCUUGUUUGAAAGAAAGUUUUACCUGUAUAUUAAAGUAGUAAUGUAGUACAUUGUAGCCUGCAAAUAUGUAUAUGUGUUUAACUAUUAUAUAAUGUAAUUAAGAUCAAAUCCAUCAUUAUUUUCCCACAUUGUAGAAACAGUUUUACUACUGAAUUUUGAAAAUGUUCAAGGU